CCAAGUUGAAGGAGUCCCGGCUUUGCCUAAUAGCUGGGGGAGGCAGGACUAUUGAGAAGAGGAAAGAAAGAGAGAGGAGAGAGAAAGAUGAACUGAAGAGUAAACAUGUAUGGCAAUUACUCUCACUUCAUGAAGUUUCCUGCAGGCUUUGGCAGUUCUCUCAGUCACCCUAACUCAACAUCCAUGAGCCCAUCACCAGCCCUGACCACAGGAAAAUCCACGGACAGCCACUCCAAUUACGUUGAGGCCCCAGUCAGUGUUCCCAGGACACUUGCCUCCCCACUGAGUGCCGUCGGCUCUCCUUUGAAUGCUCUGGGCUCCUCCUACCGUGUCAUUACAUCAGCCAUAGGACCUCACUCCUUAUCCCUGGCUACCUCUCCAGGUGUCAACAUGGUUGGUCCAGCCAGUUCUCAGCUCAAUGUUGUGAACAAUAUCAGAAGCUCGGAUGACAUCAAGCCCUUGCCAGGGCUUCAAGGGAUGGGAACCAUGACGUAUCCAUCCACUAGCCCUGGCUCCCUUGCCAAACACAUAUGUGCCAUCUGUGGAGACAGAUCAUCAGGGAAGCACUAUGGGGUAUAUAGCUGUGAAGGCUGUAAAGGGUUCUUCAAGAGGACAAUAAGGAAAGACCUCAUCUACACAUGCCGCGAUAAUAAGGACUGCCUCAUUGAUAAGCGCCAACGGAACCGUUGCCAAUACUGUCGCUAUCAGAAGUGCCUUGUCAUGGGUAUGAAGAGGGAAGCUGUGCAAGAGGAGAGGCAGAGAAGCCGGGAGAGGGCUGAGAAUGAAGUGGAAUCCACCAGCAGUGGCCAUGAAGACAUGCCCGUGGAAAGGAUCCUAGAAGCGGAACUCGCUGUUGAACCAAAGACUGAAUCCUAUGGGGACACAAACAUGGAGAACUCGACGAAUGAUCCCGUCACCAACAUAUGCCAUGCUGCUGAUAAGCAGCUCUUUACUCUCGUUGAAUGGGCCAAACGCAUCCCACACUUCUCUGACCUCACCUUGGAAGACCAAGUUAUUCUUCUUCGGGCAGGCUGGAAUGAACUGCUGAUUGCCUCCUUCUCCCAUCGCUCGGUGUCUGUACAGGAUGGGAUCCUCCUCGCCACUGGUCUGCACGUUCACCGAAGCAGUGCGCACAGUGCCGGGGUCGGGUCCAUCUUUGACAGAGUUCUCACCGAGCUGGUUUCUAAAAUGAAAGACAUGCAGAUGGAUAAAUCUGAGUUAGGCUGCCUUCGGGCCAUUGUCCUUUUUAACCCAGAUGCUAAGGGUUUGUCCAAUCCCUCUGAAGUGGAAGCUCUCCGAGAGAAGGUUUAUGCUACUCUUGAAGCAUACACUAAACAGAAAUACCCUGAUCAGCCUGGCAGGUUUGCCAAGCUCCUGCUUCGACUCCCAGCCCUCCGGUCCAUUGGCUUGAAAUGUCUUGAGCACCUUUUCUUCUUCAAGCUCAUUGGAGACACACCCAUUGAUACCUUUCUCAUGGAGAUGCUGGAAACCCCACUCCAGAUUACCUGAAUCCAUCAGUUUUCCCUCAUCAUACCUGGGGACACUCCAGGGCCCAGGAUCCUGUGAUCCCCCUCUUCUGCAUACUCUCCUCCCAGCCUCCCACCAACCUUGACUCUCUUCCCAUCCCCGUAAUGUGACAGCUUGUAAUAAAGAAAGCCUUUUUACACAUGAGACCUUUUUAGGUGGAGUUUUGCAUAGAUGAUAAACUUAACUGUUCCUUGCUAGAAAGGGGUUGAGGGGUUCUGGCCUUUCUGAUGGUUCUUGGGUCAUUAACCAAACACUCUGUACAUAUAAUUGGUUUAAAUUAUUUUUUCACUUUCCACAGAAGACAAAGAAAUACAAAUAAUAAAAUAAUAUAUGACAUUG